GCUGUAUCGGCCGUGCCGUCCGCCCGUCGCCAUGCGGCGCUCCCCGCUCUGGCUGCGCUGCCGGGCGGGGUAACCGGGUGGGCGGCAAAGAAGCUCCGGCUCUCCGUUUCCAGCCCGGCAGCCGACUGGAACGGGAGUACAAGGCGAACCGCAGCUCCUCACCGUGGAGCUCCCUACGGCCUCAGGAUGUGGAAGCUGGUGCCCGCCGCAGGAACAGGAGAGCCAUUUCGACUUUUAGUUGGUACUGAAUAUGUUGUUGGACGCAAAAAUUGUGCUAUUUUGAUCCAAGAUGAUCAAUCAAUCAGUCGAAGUCAUGCAGUUCUGACAGUAAAUCAUCCUGAAACAACCCAGAGCCAGUCUGUUUCAGUCCCUGUGUUAACAAUAAAAGACACCUCCAAAUAUGGUACUUUUGUUAAUGGAUCAAAAUUAAGUGGUGCUUCAAGGUCUUUGCAGUCUGGUGACAGAGUAAAUUUUGGAGUCUUCGAGAGCAAGUUUAGAGUGGAAUAUGAAUCUUUAGUUGUCUGCUCCUCAUGUUUAGAUAUUGCUCAGAAAACUGCUUUAAAUGAAGCCAUCCAGCAGCUCGGAGGUCUUGUUGUGAAUGAAUGGACAAAAGAAUGUACUCACCUUGUAAUGGCAUCAGUAAGAGUUACUGUUAAGACGAUAUGUGCUUUGAUUUGUGGACGACCAAUUGUAAAACCAGAGUUUUUUAAUGAAUUAAUGAAAGCUGUUCAGUCCAGGCAACAGCUGCCAACUCCUGAAAGCUUUUAUCCUUCAGUUGAAGAGCCUUCCAUUGGUACUGAUAACAUGGAUUUAUCUGGACAUCCUGAAAGGCAAAGAAUAUUCAGUGGAAAAACUUUUGUAUUUCUGACAGCCAAGCAGCACAAGAAACUGGGUCCAGCAGUUAUUCUUGGAGGAGGAGAAGCAAAACUGAUCACGGAGGGAAGAAAAGAAACUUCUUUACUGGUUUCUCCUGAAGUUUGUGUUGUUGAUGUUGGGAUGGCAAACUUUCAGAUCCUGGGAUCUGAGUCCAUGAGAAACUGGACUGAUUCCAUUCUGACUGUGUUGGAAAGCAACAAUCUCAGGGCUAUUCCUGAAGCAGAAAUUGGAUUGGCAGUUAUCUUCAUGUCUACAGAAAGAUACUGCAACCCCCAGAGGCAGCCUGAUCACAAAGCUGUAACUGCAAGUACUCCAUCAAGAGCAGGGCCAGCUAUAUCUCAGAGUUUGGCUGUGGAUGACACAGUAAUGCCAACUGCUGCCGCAGAUAGCAGUACAUUAUAUGUAGCUGAUACAGAAGAGCAGACAUGCAUGGAGAUAGAGAACACUUCUCAGAUGAAGGGGAGAGAAAAAGGGGCUUUCCAACAAACUGCUAUAAAGGAGAACCCGAGUACAAGUGGCAGUGCAAAUACAGGAACACUGAUAUCUAAAGUGAACAGAACAUCUGGGUUUAGUCAAAAAAAUCAUCCAGUAUCUCCAUCUAAAAUUUUGGAAGUUGAUAAACCUAGAGAGUGCACUCCACGUCAGCAGUCUAAUUCAAUUACAAAUUACUUCCCUGUAGCUAGGAAAAGGGAAAGAGCUGAAGAAGGAGAAGAAACUUCUUUACCCAAACUAGCAAAACUGGAGAAAAGGCCGUUGCCUGUUUCCAAGUGCACUGAAUCCUCAGCUUCACCAACAUGGAACAGUGAAAAAGAACAGCAUCGAAAGGGAAAUAACAUCCAGCUUGGAAUGGAACGUGGUGAAGUAGCAAGUGAUAAAACUGGCACUAAAAUUACUUGUAGUGAAAAACCUGCACUGAAGAAAAGAAAGGAGUUAGGUGAUGUAUAUGAAGAUGUAGAGACUCUAGAGAUGGUGUUUGAAAGCAGAGACCUAGACUGGGAAGAGCAAUCAGCAAAUGGUGAGCAGGAAGCUCAAAGCAAUAAACGAAAGAAGAGAUGUCUGGAAACCAAAGACAUCAGGAUGGAGGAAGGAAAUAUAAAGCAGAGAGAGGAGAAUGAAAUGUUGAGAAAAGCUGAAGUUGGAUCAGUUCUGACUCCAGAAGGGAAAAAUGAGAUCAAGAAAGAAUCAUCAGUCUUGAACCACAACAAACUCGAAGAUGACUCCAGCCAUCUUCCUAGCAGACUUCUGUUGACUGAGUUUCGAUCGCUGGUUGUCAGCUGUCCAAGAACGAACAGCCCAACUAUUGGCAAUACCAGAUGCAGGGGACAGAACAAUUUCAAAACGUUCAGAAAGGUCCCUUAUCCAGGGGCAGGACAACUUCCAUACAUAAUUGGAGGAUCAGAUUUGGUUGCUCACCAAGCUAGAAAGAAUUCAGAGCUAGAAGAAUGGUUAAGAGAAGAAUUGGAGGAGCAGAAUCGACGUGCAAAGGAAGAAUCACUUGCUGAUGAUCUCUUUAGAUAUGAUCCUAAUGUGAAGAGGAGAAGAUAAAUUGUGACCUGAAUUUACAGCAGUUCUGUAUUAAAAUCUGUCUUCUGCUCCACUGAUAUGUUUGCUGGUUACAGCAUGUAAUAUAUACAUAUGUAUGACUGUCUGAGCUAUCUGUUAUUGUAUGACUUGUUUUUAAAUCUUGGUUUUGUUACAGAAAAAGAGAAGUUUCUAUCAAGGAUUGUACAUUCAAGACCUUAAUAUUUUCAUGUCAGAGCAAUGCUUAGGAUUUAAUUCCAGGCAGCUGUUUUCUAAUGUUUCAUUUUCUAUAAAUUGGAGGGGGCUAUGGGAAGUAAGGAAGCUAGGAUCAGGCUUUUUUAUUUGUGGAAAGGCCUUGUUAAUUAAUUAGCUUUUUGUAUGUUAUCACUUUUGUCUUACACUGAAAGUUUUUGAAGACAAAAUCAAGACAGAAGUUACACCAAA